AUGGUUCGUUGUAUCUCUCUUCAAACAAAAGGUCAACUCUUAAGCUGCUUUGAUCCCUCCAAAGUCUUGGUCUCCAACGAUGCCCAACGCCAACUCCCAAGUCCUAACCUGCAAAGCCAUAGUAAGUUGGGGAAAGGAUGAGCCGUUGAAGGUGGAAGAGAUACAAGUUGAACCACCAAAAUCAUCCGAAGUUCGGGUUAAAAUGCUAUAUGCCAGUGUUUGUCACACUGAUAUAUUGUUCGCCAAUGGAUUCCCAAUUCCUUCUUUUCCUCGUGUUAUGGGGCAUGAAGGCGUCGGGGUGAUUGAGAGCUUUGGAAAUGACGUGCGUGGACUAAAUGAAGGAGACAUCGUGAUACCAGCCUAUGUUGCAGAGUGUAAAACAUGUGAGAACUGUAUGUCUGAAAAGACAAAUUUAUGCUUAAAAUACCCUUUAAGUUACAAUGGCUUAAUGCUGGACGGUACUUCGAGAUUGUCCAUUGGAGGCCAAACUGCCUACCAUGCAUUUUCAUGCUCCACAUGGUCUGAAUACAUGGUUAUCAAUGCCAACUUUGUCCUCAAGAUUGACCCCAGCAUACCACUAUCGGAUGCUAGCUUCCUUUCAUGUGGAUUUUCAACCGGAUAUGGGGCAGCUUGGAAGGAUGCUAAGGUUGAAAAGGGCUCAACUGUGGCUGUUUUUGGUCUUGGAGCGGUUGGAUUAGGCGCGAUCAAGGGAGCCAAAAGCCAAGGUGCCACUAAAGUAAUUGGCAUAGACAAGAACCCAAGAAAAGAAGCAAAGGGACGAGCUUUUGGAAUGACAGAUUUCAUAAACCCCGAUGACUCUGAUAGAUGUAUUGCCGAAUUGGUCAAAGAUUUAACUGGUGGAAUGGGUGUGGACUACAGCUUUGAAUGCACUGGGGUUCCACCCCUCAUCAAUGAAGCCAUUGAAGCCACAAAACUGGGAGCAGGAAAGAUCAUACAGAUUGGAGCAGGAGAACAUUCAAGUGUAAACAUAAAUUUUAUAGGCAUUCUCCUUGGCAGAACUUUGAAGGGGUCGAUUUUUGGAGGGCUCAAAGGCAAAUCUGACCUUCCGAUUAUCUAUGAAAAAUGUAAAAAUAGGGAAAUACAGCUUGACGAACUAUUGACUCAUGAAAUUCAGCUGCAAGAAGCAAACAACGUAUUUGAGUUGUUGAAGCAACCAGAUUGUGUCAAGGUUUUGAUCAAGAUUUGAUUUAUAUGAGUGACAAAUACACUUAUAUUCUAAGUUUUAAUUCACAUUUAAUAAAGGUGUUACAGCUAGCACCGUUGGGGAUUACGUCAAUCAACUUGUAAUGCAUUAAAAAGUUCCAUAAAUGAGAAUAUGCUAUUCACUGUUUGUUAACUUUUGCUUAAUUGUCUUGUAAUAUUUGCAAAGAAACGCUUUUUUAGCCGCAGCUUUAUGGUUAUCAUUUGGACUGUAUUACUCCUAUUUUGGUAGAACCCAACAUUACACUAUA